AUGGUUUACAUUGCAUCUGUUUAUGGAGAAUGGGUGAUAAAGGACAAUUUGUCUUGGCAUUUUGAGGUUGAUUAUCGGAAAGGAGGUAGAAUGUUCUCGUUGAGGGAUGGAUGUACACAUGAUGAGCUUAUUCAAAUGGCUUUAGAGGAUUAUUCGGUAACCAAGAUCGGACACCGUUUGGAAAUAUCAUAUCCAUUACCAGAAGUGUUCACUCAGCAAACGUGUAAUGAUUCUCCGCCCAUCAAAGGGAAGGAUGAAGACAACGUAGAUGGACCUUUGGAUGAAGACUUAGAUGAAAAUCUGGAUGAUGAGUUGAAGGAAGAGUUCGAUGAAGAGUUGGAUGAAGAUUGGAGCGCAGAACGAGAAGAAGUGUCUGAAGAGUCGGGUUGUGAUGAGGAUGAUGUAAGGGAAAAAGCUUAUGAAGGCGAUGAUGACACACACGCGGACUACAGUCAGUAUGGGAAAAUUAAAGAUGAAGACGUUGUCAUUGAUGUUCCUUUCGAUGAUCCCCGCCUUUUAGGGCGUGGUGUGGGUCAUCGUAUAGGAAUUGAUAAUUGGGAAGACAAUAUUUACGAGCACCAGAGCUUUGAUACCAAGGCCCAACUUAUCUCUGAGUUGCGUUUGACCGCGGUGAUGACAAGAUUCUCAUUCAGGAUAGCUGCGUCUACAAGAAAAGUGUUUGUGGCCAAAUGCAAAGUCGCUGGAUGCAAAUGGAGGCUUAGAGCGGCCGUAAAGAACGAACCCUCCACGUUUUGGGUGACAAAGUACGUGAAGUCGCAUACAUGUUCUGUUUCUGAUCGAGUACGUAACCAUAAACGUUGUACAACGAAGUAUAUUGGAAAGCUUUUUCUUGAUCGGACAGGGCUCAUUGAAGGAAUUGUGCCGCAACACAUAAGAGACUCUAUGAGGAGGAUGUUUGGAAUGAAGCUCGACUAUACGGCUUCAUAUAGAGCUUUGAAACAUGCCCAAGACUUGGUGUGGGGAACAGCUGAAGAAGGAUACGCGAAUCUGCCUUCUUACUUGCAAAGAAUCAAGGAUGCAAAUCCGGGAACUGUGACUGACCUUUAUUUGAGGAGAGUGAUUGUGGUUGAUGGGACUCAUCUUACUGGGAAAUACGGAGGAGCUCUACUCGUGGCUGCCGGACAAGACGCCAACUUUCAAAUAUUCCCGCUAGCUUUCGCAGUGGUCGAUGCUGAGGAUAGUGAAUCAUGGGAAUGGUUUUUCAACAAGCUUAGAGAUUGUUUCAGGCAAUUUCCGCCAAUGGCGAUAGUCUCUGACCGUGCCGCUGCCAUAGCUAGAGCCAUUGGAAUCGUUAUGCCCUGGGCAUCAAGAGGAAUAUGCUACUAUCACCUCCAAGGUGAUAGAUACAAUAUAAAGACGAGCAACAUCGCAGAAUCUAUUAACUCGGCUGUCAAGAAAGCAAAAGGAUUACCUAUUCCUCGUCUUUUGGAGUUUAUUAGGGAGAAGCUCGGGAGAUGGUUUAGCAAGAGGCGGGAGGAUGCACUGAGUCUCACAACCAGACACAGCAGAGGUGUUGAGUACAUAUUGGCCAUACGGUCUUACUAUGCGGGAAGUAUGAUCGUAGAUCGCAUAGACGCUUGGCGCUUUCAUGUUAAAGGCGGGAGACGAGAUUGUAAUGUCGACUUGGAGAAUCGAACAUGCUCGUGCGGUGUGUAUAACGUUGAAAAAAUCCCUUGCUCUCAUGUUAUUGCAGCUGCAGCCGAAGCUAACGUCGACAUGUCCUAUUACGUAUGCGCCACUCAUUCGACGCCUUCCUUGUUCUCAACAUAUGCACAUCCGAUUUACCCCAAAGAGGGAACUGACUCCCACGUGAAGCCUGUUCGCUGUUUGCCUCCAGGGGAGAGUGUCCCUUCUGGAAGGCCGAAGAAGUCGAGGUGGCAAACUUGGCUAGAGAUGUCUAGGAAGAAAAACACAAAACCGAGGAAAACGCAUAAGAAGUACAGCUGCUCUAAGUGCAAGGAACCUGGUCAUACUCGCCCCAAUUGUGUCGCUGAAGACUGA